GUACCGUACCAUUCCUCCGCAGACUCAAGACCCUUUCAGGACACCUCAGGGACACACACAUCCAAGGCUCCUCUUCCCGGACAGCACCAUGCCAUUCCUGUGGCUCUGCUGGGCACUCUGGGCACUGUCGCUGGUUAGCCUCAGGGAAGCCCUGACCGGAGAGCAGAUCCUGGGCAGCCUGCUGCAACAGCUGCAGCUCGAUCAACCGCCAGUCCUGGACAAGGCUGAUGUGGAAGGGAUGGUCAUCCCCUCGCACGUGAGGACUCAGUAUGUGGCCCUGCUACAACACAGCCAUGCCAGCCGCUCCCGAGGCAAGAGGUUCAGCCAGAACCUUCGAGAGGUGGCAGGCAGGUUCCUGGUGUCAGAGACCUCCACUCACCUGCUAGUGUUCGGAAUGGAGCAGCGGCUGCCGCCUAACAGCGAGCUGGUGCAGGCUGUGCUGCGGCUGUUCCAGGAGCCUGUGCCCAGAACAGCUCUCCGGAGGCAAAAGAGGCUGUCCCCACACAGUGCCCGGGCUCGGGUCACCAUUGAAUGGCUGCGCUUCCGCGACGACGGCUCCAACCGCACUGCCCUUAUCGAUUCUAGGCUCGUGUCCAUCCACGAGAGCGGCUGGAAGGCCUUCGACGUGACCGAGGCCGUGAACUUCUGGCAGCAGCUGAGCCGGCCGAGGCAGCCGCUGCUGCUCCAGGUGUCGGUGCAGAGGGAGCAUCUGGGGCCGGGAACCUGGAGCUCACACAAGUUGGUUCGUUUCGCGGCGCAGGGGACGCCGGAUGGCAAGGGGCAGGGCGAGCCACAGCUGGAGCUGCACACGCUGGACCUCAAGGACUAUGGAGCUCAAGGCAAUUGUGACCCCGAGGCACCAGUGACUGAAGGCACCCGAUGCUGUCGCCAGGAGAUGUACCUGGACCUGCAGGGGAUGAAGUGGGCCGAGAACUGGAUCCUAGAACCGCCAGGGUUCCUGACAUAUGAAUGUGUGGGCAGCUGCCUGCAGCUACCGGAGUCCCUGACCAGCAGGUGGCCAUUUCUGGGGCCUCGGCAGUGUGUCGCCUCAGAGAUGACCUCCCUGCCCAUGAUUGUCAGCGUGAAGGAGGGAGGCAGGACCAGGCCUCAAGUGGUCAGCCUGCCCAACAUGAGGGUGCAGACCUGUAGCUGCGCCUCAGAUGGGGCGCUCAUACCCAGGAGGCUGCAGCCAUAGGCGCGGGGUGUGGCUUCCCCAAGGAUGUGCCUUUCAUGCAAAUCUGAAGUGCUCAUUAUACUGGGAGAGCUGGGGAUUCUAACUCCCUAAUGGGCAAUCCCUGUGUGUGCUCUUUGCUUCCUCUGAAGUAGCCUCAUCCCUAAAUUUUUACCUUCGAGGAAUGUGACUCGCUGGCCCCUGGAGGCGCUCUGACCCAGUGGUCUCUGUCCUUCAUAUUGUUCACUGCACUGUAUGCGAAGCACUUACAUGUAUAGAUACUGCAAACCAAGGACAGAAUCCCCAAUUGCCAUUGUUCCCUUAAUUUGUCGCUGAAUCUGGGCUGAGUCCCAGUCUUGACUCUGGACCUAAGCCACAAGUUGGGCAAACAUGUCCAACCUAGGCAAUACUGGCUUUGCUAGAUGUGAAUAAAAUAUGCUUUGUUUUGUA